AUCACUGGUGGGGGCUGAUAUGAGUGCUUAGCAGGUCUGCAGGGUCUCUCUUGUAAGGAAACAGACAGAAAGGCAGAGGGAGCAGAAGAGGGGGCACAGGCCUGGGGACAUGUCCAAGGGUUACCUAAAUCACAGGCCCAGUCAAAAGGAAAAAUCACUUGGACACAGGUCAGAGAACAGUAUAGUGCAGCAAAUGAACAAUCUUUAGGACAGUGUCACCAUCUGGGACAGACUUCAUCAGGUUCUGUAUUACUCGGACUGCAGCAAAGCUGCCUUCCACCCAACCUGUGGCUGUUGCCCCCUCGUUUUCUCUCUAGCUUCUUUCAUACAGUAUUACAAAGUCAGGUGAAUAGAUUGAUGUCCAAUUGCUUAGCUAGUUGCACCUUUCAAGCGUUUAUUUGCUUUUGCACACAGCUCACAUAUUUAUACCUGCACAGGUAAACUAGAUUCAUUGACCAACAGGUGGGAAUCUUCAGUUUACAGCUUUAGCGUAUCUACAUUAAUCAUGCACCAUACCCAAGUGAGGAUGAACCUAUCCAGAAGUGGGGAGGAAGUCCCUGCUCCUUCCAACCGAGCAUUCAGCAGGACCGCAGCAACUCCACAAAGCCCUGGAAUGGCACCGAAACGCCCCAAGGUUCUGACAGAGUUUGGGCAGUCGCAACCAUCUCACCCUCAGUUCAUCCGCAAACUGAAGAACGCUGCCAUUGGCACAGGCUGUGACAUCACACUAAAGGUGGCAGUGUCAGGACACCCUCUGCCAACCCUGAGCUGGUACAAAAAUCAGGAACCCCUUCAAACUGGAGGAGAGGAAUAUGGGACAUUGUGUAUCAAAGACAGCAAGAUGGAGGACGCAGGAGUGUAUACUUGCAUUGCCCAGAAUAGUCUGGGAGAAGCCAUCUCAAGUGCUGUGCUUGCCAUCAUUGAACUAGAAGACUCAGAGCCAGGAGAAGACGAUGCUGGGGGACCCCAACCACAGCGUACAAUACGCGCCCCAAACAAUACACCCCUUGGAACUCCUUCAGGUGAUUCGGAUACACUUUUGGCCAGCUCCCUGCAUACCACUCCAAGUACACUGACCGGCCUUUCUCAAACAGAUGAACUCUCAGAUUGGUCAGGCAGCCAGCAGACGGUAGUAGAAAGAGACGCAAGAAAUGCAAGCUUUUUGCCAGAAGGUGGACUGCGGAGAGGAAGCAUCAAUGGGGCCAUCUCAGACUCACCUCAUUCUCUUGGGAAUCCGAGGCCACCUGUUCUUCCCCCUCCCUCUCCACGCCUUGGCCAGCGUCCAGCUUCAGUCUCUUCUGGAGGACGUGGCCCCUCAACUCCACUUACUCCUCGGAGGAAAACACUGAUGCCUCCUCAGUACCAGGACACAGUAACUGAGGAAUUUGAGGAGAAGGUAAAGAGGCCAAAAUCAUCUGCUGGCUCACAGGUGAGUGGUCAGGAUUCUCGGCCUGUGACCCCAAUAAGUGAAACAUCAGGACGAGUAUCCAUCCACCGAGCAUCACCUAAGUUAGUUCGCUCUGGUUCAAAGAUAUUUGAAAAGCUACGUUGUCUGGAAGAAAGGAGAAAAAGUCUAGAUCAGACAGAUAGCCCCUUCCCUGUACAGUCCUGGUUACCAAUCCGUAAGACUCGAUCUUUUGAUCAUACUGGGCCUGAAGGUCUAGCUAGUGGUCUUGAAUCCUCUAGCGAGGACUUAAUUGAUGACCUGAGGGAUGGUGUAAGAUCAGAGGUGGGAGGAAUUACAUUGAGGAUUCCUUCAUUAAGACACAAGACAGCCUCAUUAGAUGAUAGGGGAGCUUUCUCUGGACGACUGAGUGAUAUUGAGACCCGCUUCUCUCAGGAAUUAUGUCGCAUCAAGAGGACUGUUUCCCAGCAGCAACUCAUCCGUUCAUCACAAGAUUUAUCUCGUAGGUCUCCGUCCCCAAGGAUAUCAUUAGCUUCCCAGCCUGCUUUUAAGGAUCCUGUACCAACCCAAGUGCCAACAGCCAUUAAGACUCCUGAAAUUGAGGAAAAACAGCCACCUACUGUCCGAAAGCCACUUAUGAGAAGCUUUGCCACAGUCAAUCAAAUAUCAGAUAACAAGGAACCCCAGGGUGUUACAAGUCAACAGACUCCAUUGCCAAUCAAAACUUCAAAUGGUUCAGCAAUUCACCAAGAUAUACUAAAGAAACAAGAAGUUCACAUAUCCAAACAGCACCCUACUGAAAAAAUCCAUACCCCCAUGCCUGUGAUCCCUAAAGUACAACCUCAAAAAGAGAGUGUCCCGGACUCCAUGGUAAAGAGAGUCCCUGAGCCUCCACCUACCAGCACACAGGCACCACCUGCCUUGGAAAUAGCACACAGAGGGAUAGUCCGUGAGAGAGAAACUGUGAGUGGAGAUGUGAGAUACCUUCCAUGGGCUUUCCCUCAUGGAACCAAUGAUAGCAACCAAGCACCACAGGGGAAGGGUGGGGGACAAAAUAAAAAGCACAGCGACACACACACCAGCGGGAAAAGCAGCAAAAACAGCAAAAGCAAAGGAAAGAGUCGAAGAAACAGGCCUUUGUCACCGGAACUAGAGUCAUCAGAUGAUUCCUACGUAUCAGCGGGAGAGGAUCCUCUAGAAGCUCCGGUGUUUGAAAUCCCCCUUCAGAGUGCCCUAGUAACUGCUGGCUCUGAGGUUUUGCUAAAAUGCAUCAUAUCUGCAAAUCCAGUUCCAGAAGUAUCAUGGAGGAAAGAUCGUAUAUUACUGAAGAACAGUCCGACCCAUCAGAUCCGAGCUGAGGGAGAGAGACACACACUACGCCUGCGCUGGGCGCUACCAUCUGAUUCUGGUAUAUACACAGUGACUGCACGGAAUGAAGUCGGAGAGGCCAGCAGCUGUGGAGCCCUGACUGUCAAACCAGCCCCUUCCAAGGAUUCACCUGCUCACCGUGGGAAGCCUGCUGAGCUGCUAAGUCCCAUUACUUCAGAUGAUGAGUAUCUGAGUCCCCAAGAAGAUCUAAGUGAGCCUACGACACCCCAGCACAGAAUGGCCAGCAAAGCCCUUCCCCAGCAAAGUGCUGCUUUCAAGGCCCCACCCUCUUUCAAGGUGGCUCUAUUAGACCAGGUGGUGUUGGAGGGUCAGGAGGUUACACUCAGAGUUCAAGUGUUGGGCGAGCCAAAACCCAUCAUUAGUUGGCUGAAGAAUCGGCAGCAGGUGAAGUCUGGUGCCAGAUAUCAUAUAACAGAGGGAGAAGGAGGAAUCUUUUUAUUGGACAUUGUGGGGGCAGAGAAACGAGAUUCUGGAUAUUACACCUGCAAAGCAAUAAAUGAGUAUGGAACAAAACAAUGUGAAGCUAAGCUAGAUGUUCGAGCUACCCCUGGCAGUACCAGCUUGGAGGUGGUGACUCCCUUGCGAGAUGUGAGUGUGAGCGCUGGUGAAGCUGCUGUUUUUGAGUGUGUGAUAUCCGGCCCUCCUGAUCUGGAUGUGGACUGGAUGUUCCGGGGGAAGUUGUUGCAACCGGCACUUCUGGACUGUAAAAUGCGUUUCAAUGGAAAACAGUGUUUGCUCCUUCUCAACUCAGUGCAUGAAGAUGACAGUGGAAUCUACACCUGUAAACUCAGCACUGCAAGAGAUGAGCUAACAUGCAGCGCAAUGCUUACUGUACACCCAUCUCUGGCACCUCUCUUCACUCGGAAGAUGUCAGAUUGUGAUGUGAUUGAGGGACGGACUGCUAGGUUGGAUUGUAAAAUUAGCGGGACUCCUCCCCCUGUAGUCAGCUGGAGUCAUUUUGGCCGUCCAAUACAGGAAAGUGAGACAGUCCAUGUUCUGAGAGACAAGGGACAUCAUACUCUCAUGAUAACCCAUGUGUCAAAUGAAGAUGAGGGUCAGUACAAAGUAAGGGCCCACAAUGAACAUGGAGAGGCUGAGUGUUCUGCUGAACUUUAUGUGGAGGAGCCAAGGCCAACUGCUGCAUCUCACAUUGCCAAGUUGGAGAAGAUGCCAUCCAUCCCAGAGGAGCCAGAGGUACAAGAAACCGAAGUAGAGGGUGUGUUGAUGCCAGAUUUCCUCCGCCCACUACAAGAUCUGGAUGUGGUGGAAUCUCGGGAGGUACAGCUGGAGUGUCAGGUGACUGGGCUUCCAUAUCCAACCAUCACCUGGUACCAUAAUGGUCUGAAGAUUCAGAGUUCAGAGGACCGCAGAAUGACACAGUAUAAAGAUAUUCACCGUCUGGUAUUUCAAUCUGUCAAUCAUUCCCAUGCCGGUGUAUACAAGAGUGUCAUCUCAAACAAAGUGGGAAAAGCAGCCUGCUAUGCACAUCUGUAUGUCACAGAUGUUGUACCUACCCCUCCAGAUGGUCCCCCCACAAUUACUUCUGUAACAGGAAGAGUUGUUAAACUUAGAUGGAAUCCUCCAAAAAGGCUGGAUCCUGCUAUAGAUCCAGCUCAGGUUACAUACUCAGUCCAGCAGCAGGCUGUGGGCUCUCCCCAGUGGACAGUCAUUUCUAGCAAUCUAAAGGAAACCCACUACUAUGUCAAGGCUCUGACAAAAGACCACCAGUAUAUUUUCCGAGUAGUAACAAACACUGAAACCUCACACAGCAAACCGUCCCCGCCAAGUGAGAGUGUCAGCCUCCUCGACAGAGGUCCGUACCAACAUGAUGCGCCGCUAAUUCUGGAUCGACCUGAGCUUUUGUAUAUGGUAGAAAAUCAGCAACUUACUGUGACAGUGACACUGAAUCAUGUGGAGGCUGAAGUUAUCUGGAAGAGAGCGGGGAAAGUUCUGCACAACAUUGAAGCAAUGUAUGAGCUGAGUAUGCCAGACGAUGACCAACACUCACUCACAAUAUUCAGUCCCAAAAAAUCAGACAUGGGUCAGAUCACAUUUGAAGCCAGAAAUUUCUACGGGUGUGAUAGCUGCGUGGUUUCUAUUGAGAUGGCAGAGAGUCCUCGUUUUGAGUCUAUCAUGGAAGAUAUAGAGAUUGGAACAGGGGAGACAGCCCGCUUUGCUGUGGUGGUGGAUGGAAAGCCAGUUCCAGAUAUCAUGUGGUAUAAGGAUGGAGUUCUAGUGGCUGAGAGCAGUCACUUCAGCUUUGUCUAUGAUGAUACUGAGUGUUCCCUAGUGAUUCUUAACACCUCACCUAGUGACUCUGGUGUAUUCACUUGCACAGCACGGAACCUGUCAGGAGAGGUAUCUUGUAAAGCAGAGCUGCUAGUGUAUGCAGAGGAGCCAAGAGCAGCACUAGCCAUGGAUGAAGCUGAUAUUCUGAAAGCUCGAAGACUCACAGAUUACUAUACCAUCCAAAAGGAGAUUGGGAGGGGUGCUUUCUCCUAUGUGCGUCACGUAAUUGAGAAGAGCAGUGGACGAGACCUUGCAGCUAAGUUCAUCACAUCACGUGGUGCAGCAAGAGAAAAUGCGCGGAGAGAGAGGAACAUUCUUUCCCGUCUCAGCCAUGAGAGGAUCAUAUACUUUCAUGAGGCAUUUGAGAAAAAGAGUGCAUUAAUCAUCAUCACAGAGUUAUGUUCUCAGGAGGAACUUCUAGAUAGACUGACCAGAAAAAAUGCUGUGUCUGAAUCAGAGAUUCGCUCAUUUGUGCGGCAGAUCCUGGAGGGGUUACAUUAUUUGCACCAUAAAAAUAUUCUGCACUUGGAUAUAAAGCCAGAGAAUAUUUUAAUGGCGGAUGCAAUCAGUGAGCAGAUUCGGAUAUGUGACUUUGGGAAUGCCCAGGAGCUUACCCCAGGAGAAGCCCAGUACUGCAAAUAUGGAACACCUGAAUUUGUGGCACCUGAAAUUGUGAACCAGAUGCCAAUUUCUACAGUAACUGACAUAUGGCCAGUUGGAGUCCUGGCAUAUUUAUGUUUGACAGGUGUGUCUCCUUUUGUGGGGGAAAAUGAUUACACCACCCUGAUGAAUAUACGAGGUUAUACAGUGGCAUUUGAGGAGAAAAUGUUUUCAGAUUUGACACGAGAAGCAAGGGGAUUCCUGAUCAAGGUCCUGGGAAAUGAAAAACUGAGACCUAAUGUUGAAGAGAGCUUGGAGCAUCCCUGGUUUAAAACUUUAGCAAAAGGGAAAAGUAUCAGCACAGACCACAUGAAGGUGUUCCAAUCUCGCCGGAAAUGGCAGCGUUCACUCAUCAGUUACAAGUCCAACAUGGUUAUGAGGUCCAUUCCAGAGCUCCUGCAAGAUAAAAGUAAUCACUUGUCCAUUGCUGUCCCCAAACACCCUAAGGAGUCAUCUGGCUUGUCAUCCUCUUCAGAUUCUGAUGAUCUGGAAGAGCUACCCUUUGUCCCAAUGCCACUUCAAGUUCAGUUCUCUGGCUCUCGUAUGUCACUUAAUGAAAUUCCUACUGAUGAGGAACAACCUUCUGAACUCCCAGAAGAUGGUAACAUGCUGGCAGGUAAAGAGAAAGGAAAAGAGUGUUUGCAACAUGUUCCUGAACCAGUUCCCCAAACUAGAGAGGCACCAGGUUCCAAACACCCAAAAGGAUCCCUUACAAGGAAGAGGUCAACAGAUGCUGACAGUGCAUCCUCCUCUGAUGAAGAGACAUCAGAAACCACAAGGGAAAAGGGGAAUUUAAGAAAGCCUCUUAAGAAAGGAUCCAGUUUGGAAUCCGAGGAAAUAACUCUUAGUGAUCUAGCAGCCACACGCAGAGGUGAAUUUCGAAGAGGAAGUUCUGCAGAUAGUGCUCUUCUGCUCAAUGUUUCCACAGUAGAUGAAGAAGAAGGGAUGGAUCGACUGGAUAAAGGUAUGACCAAAGCAGUUUCAAUGGAGCUACCAACUAGAAGUCGAAGCCCUUGUAGACUGGAUGAUCGGGGCUCAUUAAGACGGAAAUUAGGAUCAGCUGAUGAAGAAUAUACCCAGCGCCUGGAAAGGAUGAGGGAGAGGUUAUUGAGAGGUGGUUCAGCAGAUGGUAAAUUCAGUGGACUUAGAGGACCCCUAAUGGAAACACUUUCUGUUGACCAAUUGCUAACAGAGCAGCAACCUUUGCGAUCCCAUCGAUCUGAGAAGAUCCCUCCUUCACCAACUCUUCCUACAAUCCAACUUACCCGUGCUGCAUCUAGUGAGGCUGCACCAGGCCGAGACACAACAGAAGAAAGAGUCCUUAGAAAGACAAGCUCCUUCUCACAUGGAGACACAGAGCCCUUAGUUCUGCACCGCAGAUCUGGAGCACCACUGGAAAUUCCUCUUGCUCAAGUGCAAGCACAACGCCUAAAGGAGUCACCUUCUUUAUCAGCACUGACAGAACAAACACGAUUGGAAUCCCGUCCUGAAACUCCACGUGAAUUACCUUCCAAACCACAGACCCCCGAGCCAAAGGAAGAGACUAAGGAGCCUAAAAAUGAUAAAGAGGUUGUAAAAGGCUCAACAAAUUCAGAAAUAAAAGUAAAUGAAGCAAAAGACUUGAUACCUGAACUUCCAAAAGUGAGAGCAAUUUUGGAAGGCACAGUACCCAAGAAAGAAAUACCAAGCAUCCAUACAGGAAGAGCACCCGAAAAGCCACCUCAAGUUGACAACACACUGAGCAAAACAGCUAUAAUUUCAUCAAAAGAAACAACCCCAGAAUGCUCAUCAUCAUUAUCUCUACUCACUAAGGAUGUGAUACCAGUGUCAACAAAGGAGUCAUUGCCACCACCUAUGUUGGCAAAUGACUCUUUAAAAACAAUGCUUAAGCACCCCUCGUCAACUACAACAACUGAGUCUAAUGUCGAAAGGAAAAAAUCAACCACUCUGCCUAAUCAGAUUAAAGAACCUUUUCCAGUACAAAUUAUUAUUGCACCACCUUCACCAAUACAGAAAAAAGAACGUUCUCCUGAACCAAUGCCUGUACAUUCAUCUCUACCUGGGCAAGUGAAGGAGCCUAUAUCAAAGCCAGUAGCAGUACCUUCACCACAAUUGAAACAAGCUAGAAAACCACCAUCUAUGCCAUUAACCCAACCAACAGGAACCACCACAACAACCAAUAAAUCUCCUUAUGCUGAGAUGAUGCAGACCCUACAAAUGCCGAUUCCAUCUGAUCAACAAGAACCUGAGAAACCUCAGACUAUUUCAAUAACUAAUGCAACAGAUCAACAAAAUCAAGACAUUUCUUUACUUCCUGCAGAUGAGAAGACUUAUACUAAAGCAACUGCCAGCUUAGCUUCACAAGUAACUCAGAAAGAUGAGACAGCAGAUCCUCCAGCUAAUGUUAAAAAAGCUGAGAAAACAUCAAGCACAGAGCACAUCCCAUUUAUUAGCAACAUUGACUCAGAGGAAGUUUUUGAAGCAAAGUUCAAGAGGAACCGAGAGUCUUCUUUGACCCGAGGUUUGAAGAUGCUCACCAGGACCUGGUCAGAAGAAAAAAAUUUAGCAGCUGCACAUGCAGCCAGAGAAGAAGAAAUGUACCGUCCUAGUCCUGUUGGGGUACCACUUGAAUUUCUCAUGCCUGAAGCUCUUGGUUUACAUCAUAGAUCUAGAUCUGUACAAGAUCUCCCAACAGCAAGUAAAGACACAAACUUUAUGAGAAGAUUUUCUCAACAUUUUAAGAGGACUCCUCCCACUGAGCGUAAAGAGCGCAAGGAGAAACCCGUAGAAGAGGAAAAAAGCCCUAGGUUGUUGGGGCGACGCCUAUCAUGGUCUAUAGGACGGGGAAGCACGAAGGAUAGAAAAGACACUGAAAGCUUAAAAUCCGAGACAGGGUCAAUUGAGGUUAUUUCCGACAAUGGUGUCAAAGAGCAGAAAAAAUCUAGUGAGUCACCUGUGCUGGCCAUGAGAAAAAAGAUUGGAAACACCAUGGACCGUAUUUCUAUGAAGUUGAGGAGUCAAUCAGAGGAAAGGAGGGAGACAGAUAGGGCAGAUCAUAAGGAGGAAAGACCAGAGAAAAGGACACCACUUAUGUCUUUGCUUAGGAGGUCGACUUCAGAAGGGGAAAACUUGCGACAGAUAGGCAUACCACAGAAUCAGCUUGCUUCCCAGUCUGGAUCAGCACCCUCCACAGAAUCUAUUCAGUCUGCACUCAGCAUCCAGUCGGAAAUGGUGUCCAAAGAUGACAGACGAUCAAGGUGGGACCGGUGGGGUUUGUCACGUAGCAAAAAAGACAAAGUCAUCUUGCAGCCUAGUAUUACAGCAAGUCUGACACGUGACGAUGGCAGUAUAGUUGGAAGACAGUACAUCCGUAAUGAAUCAGAUUUCCCACCAGUUUUCCACAUUAAACUGAAAAACCUAGUGGUUUUAGAAGGAGAGUCUGUGUCUUUAUCAUGUCUUCCUGCGGGCAGCCCUGCACCUCAAAUUCUCUGGAAAAAAGAUAAGAUCGUCUUAGAGCCUGGAGAACAGAUUAAUAUAAAGUCUUGUCCAGACGGCCGGCAGAUUCUGACUAUACCUAAUGCUGGGCAGAGAGAGGCUGGUCUGUAUGAAUGUGUAGCAGCCAAUGCACUGGGCAGUGCCACCAGCUCCUGUACGCUAGCUGUUGCACGAAUCCCUGGACCUCCUGGUACUCCAGAAAUUCCGCAGAAGUAUAAGGAUACAGUGCUUGUUCUAUGGAAAUCAUUAGAAAACAGCUGUCCAUGCACCUACAUCCUGGAGCGCCAAAUCACUGGAGAAAAAGAGUGGAAGGUGAUCAGUACUGGAAUCACUGAUUGUUACUUCAAUGUGACCGAGCUCCCAUCAGGCUCAGUGAAGUUCCGUGUUGCUUGUGUGACCAAAGCUGGACAAGGACCCUACAGCAAUGAAUCCAAGGUCAUCACUAUAGAAGGAGAAGAUCAGAAGCCUUUACCUGCUGCAAAAACUGUUACACCAAAAUCACGCCCAGUGGUGCCUUCAGUGUCUUCUCUUGUCUAUUCUCGUGCCUCUUCUGCCCCUACAGCAUCACCUCCCAUUGUUUCAGUAUCCAAGCUGCCUCCUCCUGUUGGAUCUCCACUUGCUGUUCCUUCACCCGUUACAACUGCUCCAACAACUGUAACUUCAGUACCCUCUGUAUCCAAAGGACCACCCCCUCCAACUCCACCAAGAAGACACAGAGGAAUCUUAUCAACCGCAACUCCCAAGCCGGAAUCUAUCAUUUCUACCAAGGUUGAACUAACACACCAAGUUGGUAACAAUUUGAAGCCUUCUGAAGCUACUACUGGUGGGCCUACAGGGGAUCGUGUUUCCACUGUAACUGUGUCUAUGGCUCCUGGAUAUACUGUGUCACACUUAAGAGUCCCCCCACCUCCACCUACACAGCAUGUGAAAACUCCUGAAGUUGAAACAAAAACAUCCACAGUUCCUCAGAUACCAGAAGCUAAGUCACCUUCUCCUCCAUUAGAAACUCCUCAAAAAAUAUCACCUGUUUCAUUUGUACCAAAAAUUAAAACUUUUCCUGUUCAACCGAUUGAAAAGUUUAAUGUACCCAAAGAGCCAUCAGCUAAACCACUUGUAGUAUCUCCAGAGCCACGCAUACCACCAGCAGUGGCUCCAAAGCCUCAAUCUAAAACACCUUCUGUUCCAAUUAUGUUACACAUUCCUGCUUUCAAAGCUUCAGCUUCCCCAACAGUUUUAAGUCCUGUAGCCACACCUACAUCAUCUUUGCCUUCUCCUCCCACUAGUCCAAUUUACAAGCCAUCAACUCCUACUUCACCUACCUAUAUGGUCACCUCUUUUAUAUCUAUGCCACCAUCUUCACCUGUAAAAGACACUUACCCUUCAGAGCCUUCAUCUCCAGUAGCUCAGACUGUACCUACACGCUUUGUAGUGAAGAGUGUAACACCUGGAAAAGAUGGCAGGUAUACCCCUGGAGGAAAAACCACACCCUCGGGCAGAGAGAGUACAACGCUACGUCAAGGAGUGCCACAAAAACCUUAUACUUUCCUGGAGGAGAAAGCAAGGGGCCGGUUUGGAGUCAUCCGAGAGUGUACGGAAAAUGCAACAGGAAAGCACUUUAUGGCCAAAAUCGUACCAUAUGAACCAGAGAAUAAGCAGAGUGUGCUGCAGGAAUAUGAGGUUUUAAAGUGUCUUCACCAUCAACGGAUCUUGAGUCUGCAUGAAGCUUAUAUUACCCCGCGAUAUCUUGUCUUGAUCUCUGAACAGUGCACCGGCAGAGAGCUUCUUUACUGUUUGGUAGAGAGAUUUCGUUAUUCUGAGGAUGACGUGGUGAACUACCUACUCCAGAUUUUGCAGGGGCUGGAGUACAUCCAUGGGCAGAAGAUAUUGCAUCUUGAUAUCAAGCCAGAGAACAUUAUAGUAUCCUACAUGAACACUGUCAAAAUCAUUGACUUUGGGAGUGCUCAGACAUUUAGCCCUUUGGUUUUGCGUCAGCUGGGAAGGCGAGUGGGAACACUGGAAUUUAUGUCACCUGAGAUGAUAAAGGGUGAUGCUAUUGGGCCAGCAGCUGAUAUUUGGGGUGUAGGAGUGUUGACAUACAUAAUGCUUAGCGGUCGCUCUCCAUUCUAUGAGCUGGAUCCUGUGGAAACCGAAAACAAAAUCCUUUCUGGACGUUUUGAUAUUUUUAAACUCUAUUCCAAUGCAUCUCAGAGUGCUUCGCUCUUCAUUCGUAAAAUUCUCUCUAUAUAUCCUUGGAGCCGGCCCUCACUUCAAGAAUGUUUCUCAAACCCCUGGCUUCAAGAUGCCUACUUGAUGAAGCUGAGACGGCAGACCCUUACUUUCACCACUAACCGUCUAAAGGAGUUCCUAGUAGAGCAACAAAGAAGACGAUCAGAAACUGUCACCAAGCACAAAGUCCUCCUCCGUUCUUAUCAUGGCAGCCCCCCCUCAGCUCCUGUCACCCAGUGAAAUUAAUGAUGGGGUUUGCCAGGAAUACGGUGGCCAUAGAGCCAUAGGAGCAUUCCACUGGAUCAUGUAGGACCGAUACAGGUCCCAGGGAAGUCGGACUAUCCAGCAAGUGUAGGCACAAGAUGAUACUCUGUAAAUAGAGAAGGACCCUUAUCCACAGAUAGGACAAGGGUAUCCAAGGCAAUCAAAAUAAGGAAAAUAAACUGGUCCAUAUAAUUUACUGACAACAGUGGAGCAUUAUUGUUAGACUGAGAUGUUAAAGGGCAGUGGGCAAUGGGUGCAUGGUGCAUGUGACAGGCUUUCCACUCUUUCAUACAGGGAGGGUUAAUAACUGGUAAGGGUAGUCCAUCAUGGAUCUCAGUCUAACAUGACCUUUGGAGUAAAGUGAUUUUCUACUGGAACUUGUUGCAGUAUUUAAUAUCUUUACAUCACUAAUGGUUUACAGAACAGUAUUUCCUGGAGCUGGUAAGGCUAGCUCCUUGGGCAAUCACAGCAAGCGGUCUUAACAGAUUCUAGAUGAGCAACGUUUAAUAUUCUUUUUCUAAUUUUUUGUUUUAGAUUACUAAAACUUUCCUAGUAGCUAGCAAGAAGUAAAAUAGUGUUACGAGCUGUCAUGAUAAAGGGCUGUACAAAUAGUGGUUAAUAAAGUACUGACUAGAAGGCACUUAAAACCCUUCAUGUUGAGCACAUUUACUACUUUAAAAGAUAAAGCUGAGAUAUUUUUCAGUUAUAGAAAAUAUAAUAUUUUUCAAGAAAAUGUCCUUAGAAUUUCAAGAAGAGAAAACGUAUCUUCUGUCAAUAAAGGAAAGACCUCUUAAGACAGUGGGCACUACUAUGACAAGCUUGCAGUAAAGUGGAGUGAUGAGUUUUGAGAAUCAGAGAAAGUAUUCUGCACCAAAUGUAUUAAUAAUAUAUGAUUCAGUUUGCUUCUAUGUUGGCCUUUUCUAAACUGCUUAGAAAUGAUGCUAGCAGAAUACUGUUUGUUUUCAGGAUAGGAACACUGUGGUUCUUAUGCAUUUCCAUUUUCUCUCAUGUUUUGCAGCUUUAAUUCAAGUAGUAUUAUAUGGAAUGGAAAAACCUAGCAGUUUAGUUUCAGUCUUUCCCCCAGCGAUUUAGGUGGUCAGUCAUAUUUUCUUUCUCAGACAUUAUUAUUACGUUUCCAAGACAUUGUUCUUUUGCCUUUUUUGACAGAUUAGCUGUUUUUUUCAAACCUGUAUUAACAUUUUCACUACCAGAUGAGAAAGUAUUUGACUGAAAUUAAAUGGCAACAUAUGAAUGAACAAAUAACUUACUUUCCCAGUGCCUUUUAGUUUCCAUACAAAUUUUCAAAGUUUGCAACGAUUCCCUUAUAUUUAUUACUUUUUUCUAGCUUCAAUCUUAAUUUCAAUACAUUUCUUCUAUGCAUAACCUUUUUAUUUUUGCCUUGUUUUCUCUUCUUAUUUUUCUUCCCAGUUCCUACAGCCCUUUUAAUUAUAUUUUUUUAUCAUUUAUUUUUAUAUGUGGUGAUUUUGGGGUCAUUUUUCUUUUUUCAAACUCUCCCUUACUUUGCUUUACUUAAAUUGCAAAAGCAAAGCAACUAGAGUAAAUGAUUAAUUUAAGCGAAGAUCGAAAACCAGACAAAAACAGCGUUAUUACAGGAUGUCAAUUUAUUAUAGAUGCAAGAUGGUGGAUGCGCAAAGACAUCGAUAAGAGGGGACAGGCAUGUGGUCAUAAGACAACUGAAUAUAUAAAGACUGAUUGAUGAAUAUUAAGCAGGUUAUUACUAAUGAGAUGUUAAUGCAGAGACAUGUUAAUGUAUGUAAAAUGCUACAAUUCUCAGCUGCUAUUGGUUAGGGAUAAAGAAGUUGAUUAAAAAGUACCCACUGGAAAAGGCAGAAUUCUGCAGAUCCAGGGGUGACAGUUCUACUGGGCUAUAAAUAACUUGAGGGUUCUCCUUCCUGGGUUUGUAAAUUUGUCAAGGGAUCUGUCCCUUAGGCUGCUCUUAAGAUAUUUAUUUAUAACUCAAUCUGAAUGAAAUUUUAUUUAUUUUAAUUUGUUUUGCUUUUUUUUUUUUUUUGAGUUUGUCAAUUUUCCCUUUUUUGGUGUGGAGACAUUGAGCUACAAAUAAAGAUAAUGCGGAAGUACGGACCACAUGUUUUGAUCCGUACUGAUGGUAAAAA